AUGAGCGGCGCCGGUUGUUGCGGAAUCGUCGAUCCCGACGCACCGGCGGUGUUCUCCUACAAAAAUCGUCGAGCGGCGCGCGGCGAGGCGUACGAGCCGACGCAACACGAGCACAUGGCGAACACGGUGUCGCACGCGAUCGGCAUCGCGCCAACAAUUCUCGUCUUCCACCAAUUCAUGCUCGACGCGGCGCACCGCCAACUCCAACACGCGCUCAUGAUCGUCUACGGUGUGUUCACGACGCUGCUGUUCGCCACCAGCACCGCCUACCACUUGUGCGAGCUGCUGUUCCGUCGCGCCAAUCGACAUCGCCGCCUCCGCUACUACCUUCAUAUAUGCGAUCGAGCGGCGAUCUAUCUGUUCAUCGCCGCCUCCUACACACCAUGGUUGACGUUGCGCCAUUGCGGCUAUUCGGGCCUCAACCUCAAAUGGAUGAUCUGGGUGCUCGCCGCGCUCGGCAUUAUCUACCAAUACAAUUUUCACGAGCGCUUCAAAACGCUCGAGACGACGCUGUACGUCGUCAUCGCCGGCGGACCGUCGAUCGCGAUAUUCACGAUGAGCGAUCGGUCGGGUCUCGAGUGGAUGAUGAUCGGCGGCGCGAUGUACGCGAUUGGCGUCGUCUUCUUCAAACUCGAUGGAAUUGUCGCGUUCGCGCACGCGAUUUGGCACGUUUUUGUGCUAAUCGGUGCCGCGUGCCACACGUACGCCGUCUACGCGCAUCUCCUCGGACCCGACAAAUUCAAUCCGGUCCCAUCGAUUUAG